AAGCCCAUCAGAUUUGGGUAUAAAUAUUGGGCCAAAUGCUCCAGCGAAGGAUACUGUUACACCUUCUCAUUGUAUUUUGGAAAGGAAACAAAUGCAGCAGAUGUCCGACGUGGUUCCCGUGUUGUCUUGAAUGCUGUACAACAUAUUACUGAUCCAAGAAGCUAUGCUCUGCAUUUUGAUAACUUCUUUACAAACGUGGUUCUGCUCUCUCUACAGACAGAUACAGGAUUUCAAGCAACCGCUACCAUUAGAGAAAACAGAAUAAAUAGGACAUGUCCAACGAAAUCAUCAAAAGAGAUGAAGAAAUCAGAUCAUGGUGCCAGCGAGUAUGUUUACGAAAGAACGUCAGAGGCACUUCUCGUGCGUUGGCACGACAAUAAUAUUGUAACAGUUGCCAUUAAUCACGACUCUCUCUUACCGCUUCAUAGUGUCAAGCGAUGUGUAAAAGACCAGAAGGAUAAAAGCACGGUGAAAAUGCCCAACUUGAUAUCUAAUUACAAUGGGUACAUGGGUGGUGUUGACCAUCAUGACUGGCAUGUUUAA